CCAAACCGUCACUCAGACUGCGCUGCGUCCAAUCAUCGAGCGGCCCUUCCAUCCUAUAAUUUUGGCGGCGGUCGGAAGAUGGCGGAAAAUUUGAAAGCUCGGGUUUGUAGGGUAGCAUGCAUCGCUACUGAAGGCCAGCUGGAGGUGAUCUGUCGAGAGCAGGGAGUGAAGUGUGAUGAGCUGGGCAUCAACAAGCACAACCUGUGCGAUUAUGAGGUGGAAUAUCUCUGUGACUACAAAAAGAAAGUUAUCACCGAUGGGAAGAAACAAACAAUACAGAUGUGGAGAAAUGCAGCAUUACAUCAAACCUACAUAAAUGACUAUAAAGUCGGUGAUGGGAUCAUGCUGAAUGAGGUAUCCGUGGGCUGCGAAUGUACAGACUGCCUGGGCAACCCUGUGGAGGGAUGCUGUGCCGGAGCGUCUCAGCACAAGUUUGCUUACAAUGAGUUAGGCCAGGUCCGCAUCCGGCCUGGGUUGCCCAUUUACGAAUGCAACAAGCGGUGCCAUUGCGGGAUCGACUGCCCCAACAGAGUGGUGCAGAGGGGAAUUCAGUAUUCCCUCUGCAUUUUUAGGACAGACAAUGGAAGGGGAUGGGGGGUAAAGACCAUGGAGCGCAUUCGGAAGAACACUUUCGUUAUGGAGUACGUCGGGGAGAUCAUUACAACAGAAGAAGCAGAUUGCAGAGGUCACAUAUACGAUAAAGAAGGCGCCACCUAUCUUUUUGACCUGGAUUAUGUUGACGACGAGUACACCGUGGAUGCUGCUCACUAUGGAAACAUCUCUCACUUUGUCAAUCACAGUUGUGACCCCAACCUCCAGGUAUAUAAUGUGUUUAUUGAUAACCUGGAUGAGCGGCUGCCGCGGAUAGCGUUCUUUGCCACAUGUGGGAUAAAGGCAGGAGAGGAGCUCACAUUUGACUACAAAAUGAAAAUUGAUCCAGUUGAUGCCGAGAGCACGAAGAUGGAUUCUAAUUUCAGUCUGACGGGACUCCCAGGCUCCCCUAAGAAGCGCAUGCACGUAGAGUGCAAAUGCGAGGUACCAACAUGUCGAAAGUACCUCUUUUAGAGGAAGUUGAUGCAAAAUAGGGACUGAAAGAAGAUCAUGUGUUCCAGUGAAUGUUGAAAGUAUCUGCGGUUUAGAAACUGCUUUGGGAGGGGUUUUGAAAUACUUCAUUGAAUUUUAAAUAUAUAUUUAAGAAUUUUUUUUAUUUCCCCAAGAUCAACCUCAACUUUUUCCUUAGUAUUGUUGUUUUCCGUGCUUAAAUAGUGUAUAAAAUGUGGCAUUAAUUUGUUCAAUUUGUGCAUUAGCAAUGAUGUUUGUAAAGUAAAAAAAAAAAAAGAUUGUCAGUCGUUAUAAACCCAUAUUUUAAUUAAUAUCAAAAGCUUUGACACCAUGGAAUCCUUAAAGAAAAAUUAUUGUAAUUUUUUUUAAACAUUGAAAUGUUCAUAUGCUUUAUUUGUUUGAAUAGGAAUAUCUUUUUACUUUUUCCAACAAACUUUUGUAGUUUUUCUCGCCCUGUUUUUAGCAAAUAUCUUUAGGCCAGUGCAAAAUAUGAAAAAUCUACAUGUCCUUCCUUCUAUUUUUUUUUCUUGACUUGAACUUUCCACCAGGGGGCAAAAUUGUACUAUUAAUGCACAGGGAAGUUUGUUAAGACUGAAGGAAGUGGACCUACAUGAAAUGUUGCUUUUUACGCAUGCAAAAUGUUAUCAUUCUGUGUUUUAUGUGUACAUAGUCUAAAUCUAGAUAUAUUCAUACUGUCAAAGUGGUCUUUCAGUGACUGUAUUUGAGCACUGGACUUAACAGAUCAAUAAAUGAGUGCAAGUGCUUAUGAUUUCACAGAUCUGACUACUAUUCAGGGCUGUUUCCCCCAAACUAUUUAUUUAUUCACUUAAAUAAGUGAAUAAAUAAAUAGUUACUACCUAUAAAUAAAAUAAAUAAAACUACAUAUAAUGCCAAGUGCAUUAUAAAGUGCAGGAAAGUGAUUUGUGUUAGCAUGAAGUUUGUGCCAGUUCCUUCUGACUCUUUUCCCAGAAGCCUGUGCCAAUGAGGGGAGAUAGAAAGAUAAUUCUAAAUGUGAUGUGACAAAAUCUUGUGACAAAAUUUCACAAGAAUUAAAAACAACGAUGAGAAAAGUGAUGCUGAAAAUGUUAGGGGAAUGCUGUUUAACUAUGAAUUUUGUCUGUUUAAAGUUGUGCAGGGAAAAUCUCAGGGUAAACAUGCUAUGAUACUGACAAUAUUUACAUAGAACAUACACAGAAAUACAAUUUCUACUGUUUAUUUUUAACUGUUUUUUUUAUACAACUUUGACAGUUUUGUGAGUAUACUUCAGUUAUACAGGUUUUUUUCCCCUCCCAAUAUCUCCUUGCCAAAACAGUCUAUAGGAAAAUAGCCUAAGGAUCCCAAUAAAACAGCCCAACAUCUUGUUAAAAAUUCACAGCAGUUUUUGUCUCAAGUUGGAAAUAUCAGGAACUGCCAACAUAAAAUAAGACUAAACUAAACUGAACUAACUAAACUAGCAUUUUAUGCUUUUAUAAACAUAAUAUAUAGUAUAAACUAAGCUUAUUGUUUUCUUAAAACUAAUGAGCA